GGCAGUAUUGUAGCGUCGGCACGGCGUUGACCAAAUAAAAAGCGUUUUCCCUGCUCUUCUUCUACGUCUUAUUUUUUCUGUUCUUGCCUCUUGGACGCACAAUUAUAUAUAAUUCCAUUCCAGGUCGACAUCGAUCUCGAACUCAUCCACUCGUUCUUGAGCCUAUCGAGGAUCCGGGUCCUCUCAGUUCCAGGAGGCAUCCCCACUGCGUGCGUCUGUUCGACGAACCUCCCACGGUGCAGCAUCGCUCGCUAUGAUCGUCUUGUUCCACUUCCAGAAUCAGGAGCUUGGAAUCUGGUCGUGAGUAAUUUGUUCGAGAAAAGUCAUGGGGUUGAUCCAAGAAGCUCUGUCCGUGGAAUGGGAGCGAGAAUCUUAUCCGGAGUACGCGGAUUUCGCUCUCCUCCCUCUCUUCGCCCUCUUCUUCCCUUCCGUCCGGUUCGUCCUCGACCGAUUCGUGUUCGAGAAAGCAGGCAGAAGGUUAAUCUUUGGAAAGGGGUAUCAGAGAAUGGAUCUUGAGACAGAUGACAGAAAGAGGAGGAUAAGGAAAUUCAAAGAAUCAGCAUGGAAAUGUAUUUACUAUCUUUCAGCUGAAGUGUUGGCUCUCUUUGUCACUUAUGAUGAGCCUUGGUUCUCUAAUACGAUGAACUUUUGGGUAGGACCAGGAAACCAGGCUUGGCCUGACCAGAAAAUUAAGUUCAAACUGAAGGGAUUGUACAUGUAUGUAGCUGGAUUUUAUGCAUAUUCCAUAUUUGCUUUGAUCUUUUGGGAAACAAGGCGAUCUGACUUUGGGGUGUCAAUGAGUCAUCAUGUAGCAACUCUCACUCUUAUAGUGUUGUCUUACAUAUUAAGGUUUGCUCGAGUUGGGUCAGUUGUUUUGGCUCUUCAUGACGCCAGUGAUGUCUUUUUGGAGGUAGGGAAGAUGUCCAAAUACGGUGGUGCUGAGAACUUAGCAAGCUUCUCUUUUGUACUCUUUGUCUUGUCUUGGAUAAUAUUGCGCCUCAUUUACUACCCUUUCUGGAUCCUUUGGAGUACAAGCUAUGAGGCUCUUCUUACAUUGGACAAGGAAAAACACCGAGUAGAUGGACCGCUCUACUACUAUAUUUUCAACUCUCUGUUGUACUGCUUGCUUGUCCUUCAUAUAUAUUGGUGGGUCUUGAUGUAUAGAAUGCUCGUUAAGCAAAUUCAAGCAAGAGGGAAAGUCAGUGAUGACGUUAGAUCUGAUUCUGAAGGUGAAGAUGAUCAUGAAGAUUGAGCAGCGAGAGAAAAUUUAUGGAGAUACUGCCACAAGGAGGCUGUGAUGUACUAAAAUGUACAUUGCUGAGAGGUUGCUGCACUACUGUUCUUUCGAAGCUAAUACCCAAUUGCUGGGAUUUGUCUGUCAUUCAAUCAUGUGUUACAGUAAUUAGAAGAUGUGAUGAUUAGGUGGACAUGGUGGUUAUUAUGAGACUUUGGCAUUAUGAUUCGGUACCUUGAUUAGAUCACCAUCUCAUAUGGAAUUGUUCGUGGAACUCUCCCGGAAGCACAUCCUCGGAAUGGGCAGGUCUUUGAAUGGCUGGGUGUCUGAAAGUGUUAGAACUCAGAUAUGAUUCUUAUUCUCCCGAGAAACAUGUUACUUAUGAACAUUGGGGUGUUACUAGAUUUUGGUUAGAGAAGAUGUAGUUCUUCUGGAAGAUAAGAUGACUGUGUUUUGGUUGCUUGUGUACAAUAAGAAAGCCAAUUUGUUUCGUAUAAA